GUAAAAUCGAUAAUUCCUAUUCGUCUAGAGCAAAUGGUGGGGAUGAAGACGUGGCUGAACGUGGUGUGACAAAUCUAAAGGGCAUCGGAACACCCCACCUCUACAAUCAAUUACGUUUCUUGGUCAUUGCUGGCUGAUUCGGUUCUGUUAUUCUCAUUCAUUAUGUGAAAAUUGUUUGGUCAGGAAAUUGACUGUGGUGAAUGAAAGUUUAGCCUUCUAUCGGUUUAUGUGCUUUUAAGAGAAUUGGGGGAAAUAUGCCUGAAAGUAAAUUACAAAACGGCCGGACGAAGUCAAUCCGGGUUUGGUGUGAUGGGUGCUACGACAUGGUUCACUUUGGUCACGCCAAUUCGCUCCGACAGGCGAAAGCUUUGGGCGAUUACCUAAUAGUUGGUGUCCACACCGAUGAGGAAAUCACAAAACAUAAAGGACCUCCUGUAUUCAACCAAGAGGAACGAUACAAAAUGGUCAGGGGCAUAAAAUGGGUAGAUGAAGUCGUAGAAGGGGCGCCCUAUGUCACAACUUUGGAAACUUUGGACAAAUACGACUGCGACUUUUGCUGCCACGGGGACGAUAUUACUAUGACCGCUGAUGGAGUCGAUACUUACCAUUUAGUUAAAGCUGCAGGACGAUAUAGAGAAGUCCAACGGACUGCCGGCGUCUCCACCACCGACCUCGUGGGCCGCAUGCUCCUCCUCACCCGCAACCACUUCCGGCAAGGCGAACGCGAAUACGAAGUCGAGAAGGAACAUUCCUCCACAAUGGGCCAGGACUCCCUCGCGAGGUCGCCCUGGACCGGCUGUUCCCAAUUCUUACCCACCACCCAGAAAAUAAUCCAGUUUUCGGACGGAAAACCCCCCAAACCAACCGAUAAGGUUGUUUACGUGGCCGGCGCUUUUGAUCUCUUCCACGUGGGUCAUCUCGAUUUCUUGGAAAAAGCCAAACAACAAGGCGAUUACCUCAUUGUGGGGCUGCACACCGACCCGGUGGUCAACCGGUACAAAGGCUCGAAUUACCCCAUUAUGAACCUGCACGAGCGGGUUCUGAGCGUGCUGGCGUGCAAGUACGUCUCGGAGGUGGUCAUUGGGGCGCCCUAUACCGUUACCAAAGAUUUGAUGGAGCAUUUUAACAUCGAUAUGGUCGUUCAUGGGUGUACCCCAGUUAUGAACGACGUCGAUGGGCGAGAUCCCUUCGCGUACCCGAAACAAGUGAAGAAGUUUAUCACCGUUGAUUCAGGGAGUGACAUGACGACGGAGAAAAUUGUCGAUCGAAUAAUCAGGAACAGGCUGGAGUUUGAGGCGAGAAAUUUCAAGAAGGAGAAGAAGGAGUUGGAAUUGAUCAAGUUUUUGGAGAAAGAUAAAGUGAACGGUGAUCUAAUCAAUGUCGGCAAUUAAUUUCAAUUUUAUUCGAAUUUUAUUGAGUACAAAUUAAUUCAAAAUCAAUGCUUUCCUAGUCGGCGUUUUACCAAAUAUUUAAAGGCCAGGAAACAAGUUGGGAUACGUUUGUGAUAAAUGUUUUAUUAAUUUAACUGGAACGCGUUGAAUCAUCACAACAAACCUUGACUAGUUUUUUGCAUGAUGUCACUACUUGGCUUCAUUCUGCUUUGAUCAAGGUAAUUUUAGGUGUUGUAACGUAUUUAUCCCAUCUUGUGUUUUAUUUAUUACUUUCUUAUAUUUAUUAUAGUGGUGCACACAAAGAAAUUAGAGGGUCACUAUUUUCAUACAAUCGGGAUUAGCUUGUCUAGAAUAAUCACAAGAGACAAUACUCGAUCUCUUAACCGAACAUAAAGAUAUGCUUACUCAUUAUUUUAUGUGGAACGUUUUGUAGAUUAUUUGUUCUUAAAUGGCCAUUUUAUUUUCCAUUACCUUCGUUGUAAGUGUUUUUCCGUACUGUAUUAAAUAUUGAAUAGGUAGUUUGAUAACAAAAUCUGAGUUGUUAAACCGUAGUAUUCUGUUUUAUAAUCUUCACUAGUGUGUUACGUUGUGAUAUUUAUGUAAUGGCUGUUUUUGUACAGAAUAGAGGUUCUACAUUUUCCAUUUUGUCUUCUAUGGCAUUUUUAAAUUUUAAUGUAUUGACUAGUAAGAGCUUUAUAUGUUACGUGAUCUACACAUGCUUAUUUUACCUCAUUUGUCGAGAAAAAUUAAUGUUACUGUGAAUAUAUUAGCCAAAAUUACCUUUAUUUUCUUGUUGGCAAAAUGUUAUUUGUAUAUAAUAUAUUUUUCUGCAAAGCA